AAAUAAAAACACAACUGGCCCAAAGCUUUGUUGAGAUUUUUAAUAUGGCCAUUUUAGUGGUUGGGUUUGACACGCCUGAUCUAACAGAUGGUAAUUACAAAAUCACUUGGUAAUAUUUAGAAUCAAGUGAAUUUGAAGGCAGGACACAUACACAGCUAUACAUUUCUGUGAGCCCUCUCUUAGGCUCACCUUGCCCCAUUUGUAGGCUGAUGUAUGAUUUGGUUCAUACUGCCAAAUGUGUAGAUGUGCAUUAGCCUUUUAAGGUUUCUGAUCAAAACAAGCACAUGAGGGACACCAGACAGUACAGUGUGGUGUGGUGCCUUCCACCUUCUUCGAGGACACCUAUUUCUGUGAAUAACGAUAGUGGAUAUAAUCCUUUACAUUGUAGAGACGGCACACUGUGUAGUGUGUUUCAAUACUUUUAGAAGUGUUGGAAUACACUACAUCAGUUAGUAGUUUACCAUGAACCUAUUAAGACUCAGCUACUGAGCAAUUCAUGUUUAAUUGAUCAGUAAUUUAUGAGUAGUGAUUCCGAGGAACAUAGUUACUACAUAAUUCUUUAAGAGACCUAUGAGACUUAGUUCCUAUUUGCCAGCUUCUUGUUCAAAUUGUCCCAUUCCACCCUAAACAGUAUAGCAGCUACAUGCUGGUGCUUCAGGGAUUUUAAUAACAACUACUGCACCAUUUAAAGUGGAACCAGAAAAUUUGAACAAAAAGCUGGCGGAUAGGAAGCUGACUUCAGCCUUGUGUUAAAGCUAUUGAUAGGAUAGUUUAACUGUCUAAAUGUCCUUAUCAGAUGUUACCAGUAUUACAAAUUAAUUAGGAUAUUUUGAAAGCCUGAAUCAGCAUAUCAAGGGGAAGUAGUAAUAUUAAGCUGAGUCUAUCCUGAAUUAAAAUUUGGUAGCUUGCACGGCAUAAAUUGCUACCUGCUAGGUAGCCUAAGUUUGAACAAAAGGUCAAUCGGAAAAAAAACACCAGUAGUCACAUCAGCCCUCUGACGCAUAUAGCUGUAAAAACAAUAAUGUUAUAAUAUUUUUUCUUCAGUAUUUGAUCACCACUUUUCAAGCAGGCAUUCUGGAUGUUAAUUUUAUUAAUACCUCAUUCUCAUUAAUGAUGUGGACUGUGAAUUACAUGACAAAAAUUCCAGUAUCUUUAGAAGAGGGCACGGGCCAUGGUAAUCAAAAACAGCUCAGAGGUGGCUUUAUUUUUGGAAAAAAAAAAGAGCAGCUCACUUCCAACAGCAUGAGUUGAAAGGCACCUGCCCAAAAUGUUCAUGUAGGUUGUAUGUGCUGGCUGUGGACGCCUCCCUCCUGACUGUCUCUUUAAUUAGUUUCAGCCAAGUCAAAUACAACUUGUUUUUUAGUGACUUUUAGACUCAGGUUUGUUCGCUCCUCUAUUUGCAGACUGCAGUGUUUUCUGAUGUUUGAAAAACUCAGAACUGCUGGGAAAAUUGAACAUUACCUUCCAGAUUGCCUAUUUCAUCUGUACAUAUCCGUCAUGGGCAGAAUAAAACUAAUAAUGAGUCUGCUAUGGAUGAGUGUGUGUGAGUGCAAGGCAGCAAUGUAUGGUCAUGUUCAGUCCCCACUGUUUCCUGAGCCCUACUUAGCUGAUCUCUAUAUACGGUGGUACCUGAAAGUUCCUCAUGGAUACCAGAUCCAGCUGACCUUCAACCACCUGGACAUUGAGCCUUCUGUCAACUGCACUAAAGACUCCCUCACAAUUUUGCUUGAUGGUGAAGUUUUGGGGAAGUUCUGUGGCCAGAAGUCCACAGAUACACAUCACCCUGGCAACAAGCCCAUCUUGUCUCCAGACAACCAUCUCUGGCUGUUGUUUGAGACAGACAGCUCAAACCAAGGAUCUCAGAUGCACCUUGGCUUCUUUGUCUUCUAUCAGGCAAUUGUGGUGGACUGUGGGAUUCCUGAGAUUGCAGAUCCAGAUCUGAUAGCCCUAACAGAGGAGAGUCUACUUACAACAUACAAGCAAAACAUCAGCUUCAAGUGUCUAUCAGAGUACUACAAGCUGGAUGGAGAUGCUAACUUUACUUGUGAUGCUAAUGGUAACUGGAUAUCUGAAAGGGGACAGAAUCAUUCCCAGAAUGCACCACAUUGUGUCCCAGUAUGUGGCAUGAAUAAACAGACCUUUUCUGCUGGAAGGGUUUUUGGAGGACAGGAUGCUAAACUGGGACAAAUUCCCUGGCAACUUCUGACAAAACAACCGAAUCGAGGAGGUGCCUCUCUAAUUAGUGACCGCUGGGCUAUUACAGCAGCUACUGUUGUGGAUGGACAGCAAACAAAAACACUGCUGUUCUAUGGAGGAAUGAUUGAUGGCCUAGACCAAAAUGCAGUUAAAAUGGAAACUGAGAAGAUCAUAAUUCAUCCAGGCUAUAAAGUGGAGAGCCCAGUGCAAACAAACUAUGAUAAUGACAUUGCUCUAGUGAAGAUGUCUGCCAGAGUGCCACUCAGUACCAAUGUCCUGCCAGUGUGUCUGCCAGAGAAAUCAAACGGGCCGGUGAUGGAGGGAAAGUCAGGAACAGUCUCAGGGUUUGGAGGAACAUCGAAGAAUCCUUUAAGGAGUAGAUUUUUGCAGCAUGGUCCUGUGAAAGAAUAUUCAGAAGUUCCUUGUUUUAGCACCACUCUGAAGGUCACUGAUAAUAUGUUCUGUGCUGGAGGAGAUGAUGAAGAUGUGGAUACCUGUAAAGGUGACAGUGGUGGGCCACUGGUAAUUCCACUGUUGGGAAGAGGGUCUCCAGAAACACCCUACCGACUCAAAGGUAUCGUGUCAUGGGGUCCUGCUAAAUGUGGAGAUAAAAACUUUAAAGGCUAUUACACCAAAGUGGAGAACUACCUGGACUGGAUCAGAGAAACCAUGGAGAACAACUAACACCAGCUUCAUCAGCAUGUUCCCUCCAUGAGUAACCACAGAUUAAAUCUGAGAUUUUACAGCAAGUGAUCUGAGAUCCAGUCACAGACCUAUUGAAAUUACUCAUAUUCAUGUGAUUUCUCAAAAUCUUGAAAUGUAGAACAUUUUAAAACUUAUUAAAAGCUUUUUUUCAGGAUUCCA